AUUCAGACAUUGCAUACAAGGAUUGUAGAGAAAAAGAAUCAAAUCAGUGUUUCAAGAUUGGAAAAAGGUAAUGAAAAGCCUGUCAUUUCUCCAGCAGCCUCGUCUUUUAAUCUAUCAGGGAAGCUCAUGGCAACUUUGGAGUCAGGGGUGAGUCUUGGAUCAGGGGAAUACUUCAUGGAUGUUUUUGUUGGUACACCUCCUAAGCACUUCUCUUUGAUUCUUGAUACUGGUAGUGAUCUUAAUUGGAUUCAGUGUGUACCUUGUUAUGAUUGUUUUGAACAAAAUGGUCCAUAUUAUGAUCCUAAAGACUCGACUUCUUUUACGAAUAUAACCUGCCAUGAUCCAAGAUGUCACCUUGUUUCAUCUCCUGACCCUCCACAGCCUUGCAAGACUGAGAACCAGACUUGCCCUUAUUACUACUGGUAUGGAGACAGCUCGAACACGACUGGUGAUUUCGCGCUUGAGACGUUCUCGGUUAAUCUCACAGCUCCCAGUGGAAACUCAGAGAUCAAGAAGGUGGAAAAUGUGAUGUUUGGUUGUGGUCAUUGGAAUAGAGGCUUGUUUCAUGGUGCUGCAGGAUUGCUAGGACUUGGUAGGGGACAACUUUCAUUUUCGUCUCAGUUACAAUCUUUAUAUGGCCAUUCUUCUUUUUCGUAUUGUCUAGUCAAUAGGAAUAGCAAUUCUAGUGUCAGAAGCAAACUGAUUUUUGGUGAAGAUAAAGAGCUCAUGAAACAUCCAAACUUGAACUUCACUUUACUAGUUGGUGGGAAAGAAAAUCCUGCAGAAACAUUCUACUAUGUACAGAUAAAAUCAGUCAUAGUUGGAGAUGAAGUGCUAAAAAUACCAGAGGAGACAUGGAAUCUGUCUCCACUAGGUGUUGGUGGCACAAUCAUUGAUUCAGGAACCACUUUGAGCUAUUUCGCCGAACCAGCAUAUGAGAUUAUAAAAGAUGCAUUUGUUAACAAGGUGAAGGGCUAUCCUUUAAUAGAAGAUUUUCCCAUUCUGAGACCAUGUUACAAUGUGUCUGGAGUGGAGAAUCUCGAAUUGCCCUCAUUUCGGAUAGUUUUUGGUGAUGGGGCUAUUUGGAAUUUUCCGGCUGAGAACUACUUUAUUAAACUUGAUCCAGAGGCAAUUGUUUGUUUGGCAGUUUUAAACACACCUCACUCUGCCAUGUCAAUAAUUGGUAACUACCAACAGCAGAAUUUCCAUAUCUUAUAUGAUACCAAAAGGUCUAGGCUGGGAUAUGCACCGACAAGAUGUGCUGAUGCCUGAUUUAAAAACUUGCUGUUUUAGGUUGGGGGUGGUAAAAAAAACUGUAAACAUAGUGUGGGGUGGAAGGAUUGUGUUCAUUUUAGCCAUGAUUUUACAACUUACAGAUACAUAUAAUGUAGGUUCUAUAUCUUUCUCACUUA